UAAAACGAAUUAUUACCGUGCGGCAGAGCGAAUUAUUACCGCUCCGUAAGUGUGAACGUAAAAUUGGUUUUACAGAGGUGGUAAAAAAUUGUAGUUUUUUUUUUCGGUGUUUUUUACACUUUACAAGGGUUUGAUGCAGAGGAGGAGGAAGAUGAAGGAGGAAGUUCUCUGCGUUUAAGCUUGAGAUUCGGUGAAUUUGUUUGUGUAAUUAAGUUACUGUCAGAUGUCGUGGUUAGUAUUAUUGUUUUUGGAUUGAAUGACAUAAUUGGCUUCGAGGGAAGGAAUAUAUUUUUGUUUGCCCGGGGGGGAAAACAUUAUGGAAUUAUUGAAUUGAAGUGUCGUGGCAGAGAAAUAUGUUCAGGGGGAAGGAAGAGGGUUGUAAUAAUAUUGUUAAUAAUAAUAAUAAUAGCAGGAAGAAAUCUUGCGCGCAGAGAUCUCUGUGAGGUCGGCAGUCGAGAAUGAGGAACGGCUUCUCCCAUCAUCAUCAGGAAGGGGAAAAAAGAAGCCUCAAUUCAGAGCUCUGGCAUGCAUGUGCUGGGCCACUUGUAUCACUACCAACUAUUGGGAGCCAUGUCGUCUAUUUUCCUCAAGGUCAUAGUGAACAGGUGGCUGCCUCGACAAACAAAGAGAUUGAUUCUCACAUACCUAACUAUCCAAAUUUGCCACCUCAAUUGCUCUGUCAACUACAUAAUGUCACUUUGCAGGCGGACAUAGAGACAGAUGAAGUGUAUGCUCAAAUGACAUUACAACCCUUAACAACUCAAGAGCAAAAGGACUCGUAUCUAGCUCCUGAUUUGGGAACACAGAGCAGACAGCCAACUAAUUACUUCUGUAAGACGCUCACAGCGAGUGACACUAGCACUCACGGUGGAUUCUCAAUUCCACGACGUGCUGCUGAAAAAGUUUUUCCUCCACUGGAUUUCACUCAGCAGCCUCCUGUCCAAGAACUUAUUGCAAGAGAUCUCCAUGACAACGAAUGGAAAUUUCGGCAUAUUUAUCGAGGUCAACCUAAGAGGCAUCUGUUGACAACAGGAUGGAGUGUAUUUGUCAGUGCGAAAAGACUUGUUGCUGGGGACUCUGUGCUUUUUAUUAGGAAUGAGAAAGGGCAAUUAUUAUUGGGAAUUAGGAGAGCAAACAGAACCCAUACAGUUAUGCCAUCUUCAGUGUUGUCCAGUGACAGCAUGCACAUAGGUGUACUGGCUGCUGCAGCUCACGCUGCUUCUACAAAUUGUCGGUUCACUAUUUUUUACAAUCCAAGAGCAAGUCCAUCUGAGUUUGUGAUACCAUUGUCUAAGUAUGAAAAAGCAGUUUAUCACACCCGAGUUUCAAUUGGAAUGCGCUUUCGGAUGCUUUUUGAGACGGAAGAAUCAACCGUUCGGAGGUACAUGGGUACGAUAACUGGGCUUGGUGACUUGGAUCCCGUUCGCUGGCCAAAUUCACAAUGGCGUUCACUUAAGGUUGGUUGGGAUGAAUCUACAGCUGGUGAAAGGCAGCCACGGGUAUCUCUUUGGGAGAUUGAACCUUUGACCACAUUUCUCAUGUAUCCACCACCGUAUCCUCUAGGACUAAAACGACCUUGGUCACAAUUACAGGGAAUCACACCUCUUUAUGGUAAUGAUGAUUGUAGCUUUAGGAGGCCAUUCAUCUCAGAAAGGGGUGAUACUGGGGAAACUCUGAAUUUCCAAACAAUAGGCAUGGAUCCUUGGAUGCAAAUGCAGCAGCGCAUUGAGUCAUCUCUACCAGGCAUUCAAUCCAGUAUUUACUCAGGGCUGCCUCUGCCUGGAGCGAUUUUGCAGGAGACAGGAAGCCUUGAUCAGUCUAAACAGUUGAAAUUUCAACCACAGCAACCUUUACAGUCUGAGCAACUUCAAAGCAAACCACAAAUGCAAUUACAGAAGAAUAUAGUAGAGCAGCAGCAGCAACAGCAUUUACUUCAGCAGCAAGUGCAAGUGCUCAACCUAGAGCAGCAAUCACCAAAUCAUCUCCUGCAACAGCAAUUUCAGCGGCAACCGUUGCAGCAUCAACUUGUGCAACAAAAGCUACAUAACUCAAUCAAUGAGCCACAGCAGUCAUCACAUCAACAUCAACAAAACCAACAACAUAUGUUUCAAGUUACAAAUGUUAGUUCCUUGCCGCAGAUCCCAUCAUCCCAGUCUCAGUCAGCAAUGAGUGAUAUUUGCUCGGUAUCUUCGCGACCAGUUUUCACAAAUACUAGCACCAACAUUGUUUCAUCUAAAAGCUCUUACAAUGCAUCUCCUUUUCAAAGUGUCUUAGAUUCAUUGACCACAGAAGGAGCUUCUCCAUACAUGAGUUUGCCUAGAUCAACACAGAGUAUAGGGCAGCAACCAGUAGAAAAUCUGACAUGGUCUUCUAUUGCUUCAGAUCAGGUUGCUGCCUCAUGGUUCUCUCCAAAGAAGAUGUCUAAUAAUCGGACACAUUGUCUUGCAUCUGGUCAGGUUGAAGCUCCUCUUCCUCCUGGUAAUCAUCAUGUUUUAACUCAUACAGAACCUGGAUUUCCGGUUAAUGUAACGGCACAGACUUUAUCUAUGCCCCAAUAUCCACUAAGAGAUUGCCCUACGGAACAGGAAGGAGUUCACUCUGACUCUCAGAGUAAUCUUCUCUUCGGUGUUAAUAUAGAAAACCCAACUUUAGCAAUGUCUGAUGCAGUCUCUAGAAAUAUUGGCAAUGGCUCUUAUGUAGCCAGUUCUUUUUCUGUUACAGAUUUGCUGAAUGGGCCUCCUUGUGGUCCGGUGUCUGGUUUCCCAAUGAAUUCAAACACAAAUGCUUGUGGAGGCAUGGAUGAAAGUGGGUUUUCACAGAGCACAUCAAAUGUUUCAAAGAUGAACCAUCCUACAAGAACCUUCACUAAGGUUUACAAACUAGGGUCCGUUGGGAGGUCGGUAGAUGUAACACGCUUCAGAGGCUAUCCAGAGCUGCGUGCUGAGCUAGACCAUAUGUUUGGUUUAGAAGGCCAACUGGAGGACCCCCAGAGAUCAGGCUGGCAGCUUGUAUUUGUUGACAAGGAGAAGGAUAUCCUUCUCCUUGGAGAUGACCCUUGGGAGGAGUUUGUCAACAAUGUUCGUUCCAUUAAGAUACUUUCUCCUCCAGAAGUACUGCAGAUGAGUCAGGAAGGUAUGGAGUUGUUGAGCAUGAUGCCUAGUCAACAGACAACAAGCAGUAGCUCAGAGGAUUGUGAUGUUAGGAAAGCAUCUCGUAAUAUCGGCUCUGUUAUCACGUCUACUGGGCCACUAGACUACUGAGAAUGGUUUAAUUGUAUUAUAGAGACUGUUUUGUCCUGAAAUGGGAGCUCUACACUAAACGGUGUAUUUAGUGCAAUGAAGAAAUACUCUUUGAUUUCAAACUCUAAUUUGUGUUGCAUAAUAUGCUUGUAAAAAACAUGAGAAUGAUAAAAUCUGGUGGCAUCUGAAUUUGCCCUCUGAUUGAAGUCAAUAACUCAACUUCUAAUAAUUUCCACUGAAACAGAAAUCUAACUCGUUGUAUCUUAUUGCUUUUCCCUUGUUUAUUCUUUCAAGGACAAUAUUACUUUA